ACGUUUCAAAUGCUGGUAAUGCCUUAAUUUGGUGGGAAGUAGGACCCAGGGAAGACUGGACUUGACUGGGGACAGUGGAGUGUAUGUCACUCACUUUGAGAGAAGUGGGGGGGAAAACAGGACACACACAAUACAAUGUGUGACAGUCCGUGCCAUACACAGCACGAGUCCUGAAUGGCAGCCCUACUGUAGCAGGGCAGAAAAGAGGGACGAAGCAUCUGAAAUCAGAAUGGAGUCAGAGAUCAACUGCUGCUUAACUGGAAAUAUCUGGACCUCAUGAGGCUGUCAUCAACCUGUUGUAUUGGGUCAAACAUCUGCAAGAGCAUGGAUCUUCACCUAGGAUGCUGAGCAAUUGACUUUACACAAAGAGGGAUUUACCCCAAGAGCUUGAUUGUCCGACUUAAUUAUGUGGAAUUUCUAGACGCAACAACUCCCAAUUCUGAUUACGCUGUCUGAUUUGACCUGAGCUGUAAGAGCACACAGAAGAUCAUGGGACAUCCAGCCAUAAAGACAUCUCCGAUACAAACCGAUCCAGUUAUGCAAGAAUAAUGGCCGUGAAGUUUGAUCCCAUGGUUUCCUCUCUCUCAAAUCAGCCAGAGCCAAAUCUUACAACUGUCCCAUGGGAGCAACAUCCAACAGUUCCUUCCGACGUGGGUGUGGUCACAAGCUCCCAGUCGCAGCUCAAAGACCUUUUUGGCUUGUUUUGCAUGGUGACGCUGAACCUAAUUGCUUUGUUGGGCAACAUCGGAGUGAUGGUGGCCAUUGCUCGCGCUCCGCACCUGAAAAGGUUUGCUUUCGUAUGCCACCUUUGCGCUGUGGACCUGCUAUGCGCCAUUCUCCUCAUGCCCCUGGGGAUCAUAUCUAGCUCGCCCUUUUUCGGCACCGUCGUGUUCACUGUUCUGGAGUGUCAGGUUUACCUCUUCCUCAAUGUAUUUCUCAUCUGUUUAUCCAUUCUUACUAUCACGGCCAUCAGCGUGGAGCGCUACUUCUACAUUGUCCACCCAAUGCGUUACGAAGUCAAGAUGACCAUCAAUUUAGCUAUCGGUGUCAUGCUCCUUAUCUGGCUCAAGUCAGUUCUCUUGGCUUUGUUCACUCUGUUUGGAUGGCCGGCAUAUGGAAACCAAAGCUCAAUUGCUGCAGCCCACUGCUCUCUCCAUGCAAGCCACAGCCGCCUUAGGGGAGUAUUUGCAGUGCUCUACAGUGUUCUCUGUUUCCUGCUUCCUUCAGUGAUUAUCUUUGCCGUUUACUGCGCCGUGUACAAGGUCGCUCGUUCGGCUGCCUUGCAACAAGUGCCGACUGUCUCAACGUGGGCCAAUGAAAACCCGGAUAAGAAUCGGUCUGACUCUAUCAGCAGCCAGACCACCAUGAUCAACACCAACCGUUCUCUGGCCCAGAGACUUUCACCAAAGAGGGCGUUCAGCGGGGGCAAGGCAGCCCUCACCUUGGUAUUCAUUGUGGGUCAGUUCUUGAUUUGCUGGCUGCCCUACUUCAUCUUCCACCUGCAAAUGUCUCUGACUGGCUCCAUGCACAGCCCGGGAGACUUAGAAGAGGCCGUCAACUGGCUCGCUUUCUCCUCAUUCGCAGUGAACCCGUUUUUCUAUGGUUUGCUGAACAGGCAGAUCAGAGAAGAGCUGGUCAAGUUUCGCCGCUGCUGCCUGACCCAGCCUGUGGAUUUAGGUGUUUCCAGCCACGAGGGCUCCCUGCAAGAGAACUUCCUCCAAUUCAUCCAGAGAACCAGCAGCACAGCAGAAACCCGCUCCAGCAGUGUCAACACCAGUCCCAAAAACACUAUGGACCACGGGGUUAAGAUCCCUGGGCAAAUACCAGAAGUUCACAAUUAGGUCUAAUGUUUUGAUGUUACAUUUUUCUAUACUUAAUUAGCCUUUUGUUAUUUAAUUGCAGUACUACAUCCUGGGCGGUCUUUCACUUUUUGGCAUGGGUGCUUUGGCUAUACCAUAAACUAUUUCAUGGUUGUGGUAAACUUUAUUUUUUAAAUUUAAAUAAUGGUGGGGCAUCUACCAUUCAUGCCACUUUUCCACUGUACAGUACCGACUCGCCUCUGCUCUUCCUUGCUCACCACACUGCCCCACACAGCAAAUAAAGGACAGCGAAAGAUGCCAUGAACACAAACUUGUAUUACUCCCAAAAACAUUUAUACACAUUUCCACCCAAAUGCCAUCUGCUGGAUGUGGUGCGGCACUGCAAAAUGUUCGUGCAAAUGUGUAUCUCAUGUAGUUUUCAAAAGUGCAACUAUUGUGAUGUGACGCAAGAAUUGACAGUAAUGUACUCGAUGGAAAAUAAGCUGCUUUAAAGUGCACUUUUUUUCCCCAUGUCCGUACCAUUGAAGAGUUACCGAUUGAGCUUUGUAAAGUACUGGCUGUUAAUGUUGCCUGGUAAUGGUGCGACUUGAAAAGCAGUAGCAUAGCACAACUCCCACAUAUCAAUAAAUGAUCCCAUCAGCCA